AUGUCGUCCAAUGAAGAUGAUGAUCGCAUCAUGAACGAUACGACCAUGCCACCACCCAAAAUGAAGGCGAGCAAUGGCAUCCAAAAGAACCCACCACGCCGCAAAUUCGGUCUCCGCAAGGGAUUCGGCUUGGGCGAUUGGGUUCAAUUGACAAAGAGCGCCAAAGACUUGGCACAACUCAAGGGAGCCCCGCUACGGAACAUUACCAAGUCCGAACUACGGCAACACUGUGAGGUAUACGACGGUUGGUGCGCGCUCAAGGGCAAGGUCUACAAUAUAGGUCCCUAUCUGCCGUAUCAUCCUGGCGGAGAAGCCAUUUUGAAAAAGGUUUUGGGAAAAGAUGGAACUGCCUUAUUUGACAAGUAUCAUCGAUGGGUGAAUAUUGAUGGAUUGAUUGGGAAACUGCAAGUGGGAUAUCUGGUGCCGGAUCCAGAGAAGGAAGAAGGUACGAUGAAACCACCAGCGUACAUGGCUACAACUGCUAAAGAACAUGAAUUUGCUGUUCCUGCUCCAGUUGUCAAAAAAGGCACGGCAAGGAAUGUGAACAAUGUACUACCCAAACCACCAGAAAGAGAUGAAGAUCAGGUGGAGGAAGAUUACACAGAGCCGUGGGAUGAACAGCCAAAGUCAUAA